AUGGUUGAUGUUGUAUCGGCUGGGUUGGGUACAGCAUCUCUCAGUUUCUCGUCGUUGAAUCAUCCGGACGAGAAACGAUUUGCUAUUCAAUUUCAAAAUGCGGAUGUUUUGAAACGUUACGAGAAGUAUCUGUCUCAUGUGUGCAAAAUUUGUAAGAGUCAUAAUGGUGAGCGUCUGGAAUUCCCAACGUUUGUUGCGUUACGGCAUCAUAUGUCGAGUGCCCAUGAUUUGAUUUAUUGCCACAUUUGUACGGAGAACAUCAUACUUUUUUCAAGGGAAAGAAAGUCUUAUACUCGGGACGCUCUUCAACGGCACAUUCGUACCGGAGAUAGAGACGACAAAAGCUUGAAAGGACACCCUUCCUGUCUCUUCUGCGAUCAACGGUUCUUCGACGAGGAAUUCCGGUACCGACAUCUUCGAAAAGAGCAUUUCUUCUGCCAGUUUUGUGAAACUGAGGGCAAGCAUCUGAAUGUGUUUUUCGGCGGUCACGCUGAGUUAUUGGACCAUUACAAGGAGAAGCACUUUUUAUGCGAUUUCGAGGAAUGCAGAGCCAUGGGAAUUGCUUUCUCUAAUCAAAUGGACCUCAAUCUGCACAAAGUAAGAGUUGUAUUUCACUUGAAGCUGUAA